AUCGCGAGCUCUUGUUUCAAUCGAUGUCGUCAGACGGACGCAGGACGGCGCGCGUCAAACCUUUGACCUUCCACUGUAAAUAUUGUCAAACGAAAGUAGUCAGGAACGGGCUGGAAUUGCAAUGUAAAACAGCCUCGUUCGAGCCAACAUAACAAUAAAUGCUCUCGUCGUGUCACUUUUCAAGGGACCGAUCAACUUUGCCUUUAAACCACCCCGCGUCGGAGGUGGUCAUACUUUUCUGCUUUCGAGGCGACCACCCUGUAACCUUCACGUCGUCCACUAUCGCGACAUUUUACGGGAUACGCGUAUUUUUAUUUUUUUUUUCCGUCCCAAAGUCACUUGGCCUUUUCUUUGAGUGCGUUGCGAAUAUGAUGAUGUCACCGACGCCACUUUUUCCUGAAGUUAUGGCGGAGCACCAUUUUCACAACUUCUCUUAGUAAUGACCAUUGAGAGCACUUGGCUUUACUGAUGGAGCACCUCCAGGGAGCAUGGAAGACACUGAGCAAUGGCUUUGGAAUGAAGGACUCUGCUUUUGAGGGUCCGUGCCUUUCACCGACCAUGGUCCAGGGAUUUCCCUGCCAGCGCCGCUCCUCAGAUGACAGCAAGAUACCCGACUCGAAGACUAGCAGCACCAUCCGUGUCUACCUCCCAAACCAGCAGCGCACUGUGGUGAACGUACGGCCAGGUGUGACUCUGCAGAACUGUCUGAUUAAAGCCUUAAUGGUGCGAGGCCUGCAGCCUCAGUGUUGUGCUGUUUUCAGACUUCAUCCUGGGCAGAGCAGUAAAAAACUACGGAUGGACUGGAAUACAGACUCAACCUCCCUGAUUGGUGAAGAGUUGCUGGUGGAAGUUUUAGAUCAUGUGCCUCUGACCACACAUAAUUUUGUCCGGAAAACAUAUCUGAAGCUAGCGUUCUGUGACAUUUGCCAAAAGUUUCUUUUGAACGGUUUCCGUUGCCAAACGUGUGGCUAUAAGUUCCAUGAGCAUUGCAGUACCAAAGUACCCACAAUGUGUGUGGACUGGAGCAAUAUCCGACAACUCCUUUUAUGUCCAACACCUGGUGAGAGUGGUGCACCGUCACUUCCCCCGUUAACAUCUCGGCGAAUGAGAGAAUCAUUAACUCGCUUUCCAAGCUCUGCCCACCGAUAUUCAACGCCCCAUGCCUUCAACUAUGCCACGCCGUACUCGCCCACAGGCAGCAGUCUCUCCCAGAGGCAACGCUCCACUUCGACGCCAAACGUCCACAUGGUUAGCACAACCCUGCCUGUAGACAGCAGUAUGAUUGAGCUAGACUGCCUGAAUACCUUCCCCACCUCCUGGUGCCAUAGAUUCUGGCUGAAGAGAAAAGAUGCAAUGCGAGAUCACGACUCGGCUGGAAGUUCCCCCAACCAGAGUCCUACUGGCUGGUCCCAGUCCCAAGCCAAAACCCCUGCACCGGCACACAGAGAGAGGGCUACGUCCUUCAAUACUCAGGAGAAGAAUAAAAUUAGGCCUCGGGAGAAGUGGGAUUCUAGUUACUACUGGGAGAUUGAAGCCAGUGAGGUGUAUCUCCAGUCCCGCAUUGGUUCAGGCUCUUUUGGAACUGUAUACAAAGGGAAAUGGCAUGGCGAUGUAGCAGUGAAGAUUUUAAAGGUGACCAACCCCACUCCAGAGCAGUUUCAGGCAUUCAGAAAUGAAGUAGCUGUCCUGAGAAAAACAAGACAUGUCAACAUCCUGUUGUUUAUGGGCUACAUGACGAAGGAUAACCUGGCCAUUGUGGCCCAGUGGUGUGAGGGCAGCAGCCUCUACAAACACAUUCAUGUCCUGGAGACAAACUUCAAGAUGAUCCAGCUUAUAGACAUCUCCAGGCAGAUAGCUCAGGGCAUGGACUAUCUACAUGCAAAGAACAUCAUUCAUCGUGACAUGAAGUCCAACAACAUAUUUUUGCAUGAAGGGCUGACUGUGAAAAUUGGCGACUUCGGUCUUGCAACGGUAAAGGCCCGGUGGAGCGGCUCUCAUCAGGUGGAGCAGCCUUCUGGGUCUAUUCUCUGGAUGGCUCCUGAAGUCAUACGGAUGCAGGAUAACAAUCCCUACAGCUUCCAAUCAGAUGUCUAUUCCUAUGGAAUUGUUCUUUUCGAGCUCAUGACAGGAGAGCUCCCAUACGCCCAGAUAGCUAACAGAGAUCAGAUUAUCUUCAUGGUGGGACAUGGCUAUCUGUCACCUGACCUCAGUAAACUCUACAAGAACUGCCCCAAAGCCAUGAAAAGGUUGGUCGCUGACUGCAUCAAGAAGUCCAAGGAUGAGAGGCCGCUCUUCCCACAGAUCCUGUCCUCGAUCGAGCUUCUUCAGCAUGCCUUGCCUAAGAUAAACCACAGUGCCUCAGAACCGUCCCUACACAGAGCCUCUCACACCGAGGGUAUCAACGCUUGUACUCUGACCUCCACCAGACAUUGGACAGCACUGCCCCGUCUACUGUCACAACAAUGUCCCUUCGAACUCAGCACAACAAUGAUCACUACACCCAAACCGCACCAUAUACAAUACUUAAUGCAUUUUUGAUCAGUAUGAUAGGGAAGGCGAAGAGGAGGGAGCAAACAGGGAUAGCGAUGCAGUAGGAUUUACAAAUGAAAAGGGUGGAGGCAGAGCCUACCCUAUUGCUGCACAUCAGACAUCAUAAUGCAAGUUUCGCUAUGUAAAUAUACACGUACAUUUACCUAAAAUGACAACAAAUGGACAUUGAAGGAGCUCGAGUGUCUGCUUGACUUUAAGCACACGCAACUACAACCCCAAUUCCAAUGAAGUUGGGAUGUUAAACAAAAAAACAGAUUACAAUGAUUUGCAAAUCAUGUUCAACCUAUAUUUAAUUCAAUACACUACAAAGUCAAGAUAUUUAAUGUUCAAACUGAUAAACUUUAUUGUUUUUAGCAAAUAAUCACUAACUUAGAAUUUUAUGGCUGCAACACGUUCCCAAAAAGCUGGGACAGGUGGGAAAAAAGACUGAGAAAGUUGAGGAAUGAUCAUCAAACACCUUUUUGGAACAUCCCACAGGUGAACAGGCUAAUUGGGAACAGGUGGGUGCCAUUAUUUGGUAUAAAAGGAGCUUCCCUUAAUUGCUCAGUCAUUCACAAGCAAAGAUGGGGCGAGGUUCACCUCUUUGUGAACAAGUGCGUGAGAAAAUUGUCGAACAGUUUAAGGACAAUGUUCCUCAACGUACAAUUGCAAGGAAUUUAGGGAUUUCAUCAUCUACGGUCCAUAUCAUCAAAAGGUUCAGAGAAUCUGGAGAAAUCACUGCAUGUAAGCGGGAAGGCCAAAAACCAACAUUGAAAGCCUGUGACCUUGGAUCCCUCAGGCGGCACUGUACAGUUCAGAAAACCAAUGUCAGUAAAUACAGUUUGGCGCUACAUCUGUAAGUGGAACUUGAAACUACUACUAUGCAAAGCAAAAGCCAUUUAUCAACAACACCCAGAAACGCCGCCAGCUUCUCUGGGCCCGAUUUAAUCUAAGAUGGACUGAUGCAAAGUGGAAAAAUGUUCUGUGGUCCGACGAGUCCACAUUUCAAAUUGUUUUUGGAAAUUGUGGACGUCGUGUCCUCCGGGCCAAAAAGGAAAAGAACCAUCCGGACUGUUAUGGACGCAGCUUUUUUGGAAUGUGUUACAGCAAAUUCUAAGUUAAUGAUUAUUUGCUAAAAACAAAGUAUCAGUUUGAACAUUAAAUAUCUUGGUUUUUUUUUGUAGUGUAUUCAAUUAAAUAUAGGUUGAACAUGAUUUGCAAAUCAUUGGGGUUGUAUUUGGCCGCCCAUUUUUUUUUUCUUUUUUUAAGAGUACUCUUUUUAAGAACUCAGCUGCUUUAAGAGGAAAUCCACAAUGAUCUUUUUUUUGGAAUUAAUAUUUUGCAUUGUCUUACAAGAUAAUGGAACAGAUACGGGAAAUGUUUUUUUUGGGCCAUUUGUCAUCUUUUACGUCUAGUUUUUGUUUUCAAGUCACAUUGACGCAACUGAAGCCUGUCAAAUGAGCACAGGAAACAAUGGAAGUCCAUGAAUUUGCACAUUUUGGCAAAAGUAGUAGUUUCCUUUCGCAGUCAACAACAGUAUCUGAUGUUCCACACGUUCUUUGCAAUUGCUGCAACGAGCUGGACGUUCAGGUAGUUUUGAAUAUUUAAAGUGAUUUGGAAACUAAUUUGUAUUUGUUUAUCAUGUCUCAUUGAGCAGGUCAAAUGUGUUGUCAGCUUGGUAAGAAAGUUGCUAUUUCACUAUUUUAAUAAAAUAAAAUUUGCCAAACCA